ACUUGGUUCAAAUGCGAAAGCCUUCACUAGUCGGCGGCGCCCUUGCGCCUGCCCGAAUGCCCCAUGCGCGGAGCACGCCGGCGCCCGCGCAGACCCCCGCAGCGGGGUCUGGCCGGCGCGGCGGCGGCGGCGGCCACGUCGGCGGCCGCCACGCUCUUGUCGCCGCGGGGCCUCGGCCUAUCCGGGCCGGGCUGCGCGACCGUGGGGCGGGGCCCGCCGGCGCCCCGCGACGAGGUCGGCGUCUGGCGGCGGAGGCAGCGGUGGCACGGCGUCAACUACGGCAACAGGUUCGUCCCGGAGGUCGGGCCUUCGGACCCUCCGGGAUACAACUUCUACGAGGGGGUUGAGCCGCACGACGGCGUGGCGCGCGUGGCGCUGUGGGACCUCGCCGAGGGCCAGGAGCCGCCCCCCAGGCAGCGCAUGCUGAGGUGGCUGGACGCCACCAUCCAAGAGUCCCACUUCGAGGAGAUGCGGUCCUUCGGCGUGGGAGUGCUCCGGGUGCCCUGCGGGUACUGGAACUGGGUCGAGUACGAGGAGGGCGGUGGGCCGGAGGCGAACGCGAGCGUCGAGGGAGUGCCCGUGGCCGAGAGGCUGAGGCGCCUCCACCGCAUUGCCCACCCUUCGGAGUAUCGUGAGUUCUUCGAUCGAAUUUUCCUGUUUGCAAGCCGGCAUAGCAUCAAGGUCCUUCUCGAUUUGCACGGGCUGCCUGGAUCCCAGAAUGGGGAGAUCCAUAGCGGUGUUUGCUUGGAGUUGAAGAAGGAACCAGACGAGCAUGGGAAGACAUUCUUUCAGACGGAGGCUAAUAAGGCGACGGCGCUGCGGGCUGUUAGAGAAAUGGCCAGAUACACCCAGGGUAAGGAAGAUGCCCUCUUUGGCAUUCAAGUUAUCAAUGAGCCACACCUCGGAGGUGAUGCCACUUCUGCAGAUGGGCAUGAAUUCCUCCGCGACUAUUACAAGAAAGCGAUCAUCGCAGCCAGGGAGUUUUUAGCACCAUAUGUGCCCGUCGUUCUUUUUGAGUGGACUUACAAUUUUGACAAAUGGGAGCCCCACGCUUUUCCAGACCACAGGUUCGGAAGUGUGCUCUGGGACACACACAUCUACCAUUUCCCGGAGGAGAACGAGGAGUGGUUGGAAGCAGACGGGGGCAUGGAGAAAGCGAAGAAGGCGUACCAGUGGGACCUCAGUCAGCUUCGGCACUUCUCGCACCUUCAAGGUGGCCGAGUCUUCGUGGGCGAGUUCUCGCUGGCAGGCCCCUCGUUCUUCAAAGACAGGCUUGGCGCUUACAGCGAACUGGCGGCCUGGCUGAUCGACCAGUUCCACUUCGCAUCCGCAGGCUCGCUGCUGUGGACCUACGACGGUGCUGCCACUGGGUGGAGCAUGCAGCGGCAGGUCAGGAAGCGCUGGGUCGACUGGGGAAGCCUGAUCGGACGGGCCCUGCGCGACUCGCAGCCGUCCGCCGCCGUCCGGCUGCAGGCCGAGCAGGGCGGCGGCUGGCUCAGCGCGCAGGAGCAGGGCGGCAGCGUGCACCUCGCGGAGGACCCGGACUGGUGGGAGGACUGGGUCCCCUACCACUACCGCGCGCACGGCGAGCCCCGACUGGCGCUGCGGUCCGCGGCGCACGGGACCUGGCUCAGCGCGGACGAGCGGGGCGGGGUCUCGCAGGCGCCGUCGAGGUCUGCCUGGGAGGAGUUCCGUGUCGUCGCCCACGGGGGUGUGGGCGACGGGCCGCGCCGGGUGUCGCUGAGGACGUUCCACGGCGGCUGGCUCUCCAUCGAGCCGGAGACCUGGCUGGUCGCUGCACCACCAGAGACAGCUGGGAAAGAGGCCAAGGAUGUGCCUGGUGGUAUCUGGAUUGUUGCUUGAAGGGCAACCGUUCCUCCAACAAGUCCGGGCAGAAUCCCAGCCGCGAUUGAACAGGCAUGGCCAGCGACAAGGUAUGCCGAGGGAGGGGAUUGGGAAGAGGCGGGGUCGGGCUUAUAUUGGGCUGUCCUUGAACAUAUCUCCAGGAUGAAACAGCAGAGUCAAAUAAGUGCUCAGCUCUUGAACUGGGCUCCGUCCAGAUUCAUCAUUCAGCUAUCUAUCAGUAGCAGCACAGAGGGGCAAGAACACGCUUCGUCUUUACCCAUGUAGUUAGGAAGGGGUGGGCCCCCUGACGGGGUGCUGUCGGGGCGGCGGCGCAUAGAAAAGGGUCUCAAGCCGCCCUUUUGUAUCCAGUUGUCUUGUUUAUUUUCAGACUCCUUGCUCGUUUCCUUUCCCG